AUGGACGCGAAAAAUGUUCCGGAACAACCAGAAGAUGAAUCAAGCAACACAAAAGACCCAAUGCAAAUAUUGGAAGAAGCAUUGACGCUGUGUAAAUUCGGAAAAUUUCAUUUACGUUUGUUAGCUGCAACUUUCUGUUGUGCGACAACUAUAAUGUCAGUUACAACGACGACUUCCUAUAUUCUACCCAUUGCUGAAUGCGAUUUAGAUAUGAAUAUUAUGCAAAAGGGAUUACUGAAUGGAAUGCCCUUUUUUGGUCAAAUAUCUUCAAGUCUUCUUGCUGGUUUUUUAAUUGAUUCUUUUGGAAGAAGGAUAUUUCUAGUUGGUGGUAAUGGAAUAAUUUUCUUAUGCACAUUAAUUGAAGGGUCAAGUCAGACAUACUUGAUGCUACUAUUCACAAAGCUUAUAGAAGGAUUUGCAUUAAGUUUGUGCUUUAGCGCAGUUGGGACAUAUUUGACUGAAUUUUGUCAUUUACAAGUAAGAGAUAGGCUACUGUUGAUGAACUCAUCAUUUACUUCCGUGGCGCUAAUUAUGGCUGCUCUAUUAGCUUGGGCGAUUCUGCCAAUACAAUUUAACUAUACUAUAUGGCCAGGAUACUUCGAAUUACAUUCAUGGAAUUUGUACUUAUAUGUGUGUUCAAUUUGGAGUUUUCUGGCUUUUGUACUAUAUUGGUCUCUGCCGGAAACUCCAAAAUAUCUCUUAUCUCACGGCAGAGAGAAAGAAGCCUUAGACGUUCUUAGAAAAAUAUAUGCUGAAAACAGUGGAAAUAAAAAGGACACCUUUCCUAUACAUUCUUUGAACAAUUCUGGUACAAUUAAACAAACAAAGGAGACAAGUCUCAAAAAAAAAAUUGUUGAUGGAUUAUUUGAAAUGAAGGAACUAUUCCGGAAGCCACUGAUUUUCAAUUUAAUUUUAUUUUCAUUCACCACUUUUGCAGCGUUGAUUGUAUUCACUUCUAUGAGGCUUUGGUUUCCCCAAGUCUCGACUAUUAUCGAAAACUACAAUAUAAAUCACGAAGAGCCUGCCAGAUUUUGCGUGAUGAUUAAUGACUACAUGGAAGGAAUUAAGCCACAAACUGUGACUGCAAAUGAAACUACUGUUUAUGAAUGUGUACCGAAAAUAAGUGGUGGUGAAACUUAUUUAAAUGGACUUAUAUUAGGAAUAGCUGCAGUUGUCAGCGUUGUAAUAAGUGCAUUUUUAGUUGAUUAUUUCGGACAAAAAAUUCUGAUGUUCGUCCUUCUGAUUCUAUGUGCAAUAUUUUCGACUCUGCUGUACUGGACCAACGCGUCAUUACAAAUAGCGAUGUUAAUUUCUUGCACUUGUGCGCUACUGCAAACAGCUUUAUGUUUACAACAAAAUAUUUUUGUUAGGUAUUUUCCCACAACUUUGAGAGCGCUGGCAAUAUCAAUAAUAAUGAUGAUCGGUCGAAUUGGGUCGCUAACAGGAAAUAUAAUAUUUCCUAUCCUCUUAAACUUGGGAUGCAUGGCGCCAUUCAUUGCGAUGGGAGUCGUAUCUUUAGGUAUCGCAGGCCUUGUUUAUUUUCUACCAAACGUAGCGAAAGAUAACAAAGUAACUGGAGAUAAAUAGCUUUAAUAUUCUACUUACAUAGAAUAUAAUAACAUAUUUUGUACAUUUCAAUGUAAUUGUUUUGUUGUAAAUAAAUUCAGGUAUUUUAUAAUUAA